GAAAUAAGUUGGUUUCAGAGCGCAAAAGGCUCACUGUGGCACUUACACCUCUCAGAAGACAUCCGCAAAGAGCAGAGGAGGACACACGCUGGAUAACAAGCCUAAUUCGGCCAGGAAAAAAACAAGAAGAACUUCACAGUCAGGUUUCAAAACAUCUUCACUAGGAACAUGUCUCUUGAGUUGACAUUCAACCCUGACAUGCAGCUGACAGAGAUGAUGCGUCUGCGUGCACAGUCUCUGCAGCAGCGGGGCCAGAAACGCCAGGAUGGAGAGCGUCUACUGAGGACCAACGAGCAGGUCUACCGCCUGGACUUCACCGAACAGGCCCUGCAUUUCACCCGCUGGAACAUCCGCAUCUCCACCCCUGGCCGCAUCAACAUCAUUGCCACCUCCCAACUCUGGACGCCCGACCUCACCCAUCUCAUGACCCGCCAGCUCCUCGAACCAACAGGUCUCUUCUGGAAAAGCGCAGACGAUGAUGUCAUCCAAUGCUACGAGGCUGACGCCCAGGAGUUCGGCGAGAGGAUAGCCGAGCUGGCCAAGGUCCGCAAGGUGAUGUAUUUUCUGUUCGCCUUUGAAGACGGCUUGACUCCGGAGAGCAUCGAGUGCUCCAUUGAAUUCCAGACCUCCGAGUGAGAGAACCUGAAGGGUACGACGGCUUUAUGUUCAGUCUGCUUAACCUAGACUUAGUACUUUAAGUAAUUAGACCAUAAAAUUAUGUUCUUGUUAUGACCAGGUCUUGACCAUUUUAUGCAAUUUGAUGAGUUGUAUCUGUCUGAUUGUUCAUAUUUAGCUGUUUUGUGAUUGUGUUGAGACUGUAAUGGAGUUAACCCACUAUAAAUCACACUAAUAAUUCAAGAAAAUCUAAAUUAUUCAUGAAUAAAAGCAAAACUUGUGCUUUUA